AUGGAACGAAGCCGUCGAAACGCUCGCCGUGCUGGUAUGCUGAAGCUUCUGGCAGUGCUGACCGCAGGCAGCGUGCUACACUUCUACGAUACGGCGGGCAGCGUGCUACACUUCUACGAUGUGCGCACCACGCCCAAGCCGCUGCGCCUGGUGUCGCCAGACUCGCCGCCCGCCCUGCUCGCCCUCAAGUUCCGCUCCUCCACUCGCGUACCUCUCUUCGGGGACAACGUCUCCAUUAACGGCAUGGUGGCAGAUGAGGAUCACAUUCUGCUGGGGCUGUCCACUGGUCGCCUUCACCUCGUGUCCUGGCGCGGCCAGCUGCGUGGCACAGCAGACCUAUGGCGAAAGCACAGCAGGGAGGUGAUGGGGCCCAUGUACGUGCCAGAAGCCAACGGUCUUCCCAGCACGCCCCACUCGCCGCGCUCCUUCCCCCUCGCCCCCUCCUCCUCCUACCCCUACCCCGCCUCCCCGCCCGCCCCCUCCGCCGCCCCUCCCUCCACCCCGAACGGCCGCUCCAGCGCAGGAGCAGACACAGGAGGAGCAGGAGCAGGGGGAGCGGGAGGAGCAGGAGGAGUGGGAGGAGCGGGGGGAGGGGUGGCGCAGAUGGUAUAUUCCCCGGUGCUGCGGCUGAUAGCGGUGGUGCUGGUGGAUGGGCGCGUGGUGCUGUGCUCCACGGGCGAGAGGGGGCUCAGGCCCGUGGAGGAGGUGACGCCUGAGAAGUGGGUGGGCGUGGUGGACGCGGCCACGGUGGCUGUGGGCGAGAGACAGCAGCUGCUGGCGGUUGGUAGUCGGCGAGGCACCGUGGAGCUGUUUGAUCUGGCCAGGAGCUCGGCGCAUUUGAGAACCGUUUCGCUCUUCGACUGGGGGUAUUCACUGGAGGACACGGGGGCAGUGGCGUGCAUAUGCUGGUCGCCAGACAACCUGGCAUUCGCAGUGGGGUGGAAGCUGCGUGGGCUAGCCGUGUGGUCGGUCUCAGGCUGUCGCCUCAUGUGCACCAUCCGCCAAGGCUCCAUGAGCCUCCUCCCCCCCUCCUCCUCCUCCUCCUCCUCCUCCUCCUCCUCCUCCUCCUCCUCCUCCUCCUCCUCCUCCUCCUCCUCCUCCUCCUCCUCCUCCUCCUCCUCUUCCACCACCACCGCUGGUAUCACCAGUCCCCGGAGCUCCGCCGCAGGCUCGGACCCAACCUCCACGCCAGGCUCGGCAGCAGCCGGGUCCGCUACAGCCGCAGUGGUGAAGAGCAGUGAGCCGAUGGUGGGGGGAGUGGCGGCUGUAGCGUGGGGCGAGGAGGGGUACCAGCUUGUAGCAGCGGAAGCAGGGAUGGUGGGGGAGGUGUCGGCAGGGGUGAGGGGGCGGCAGGCGGGGCGGCUGGUGCAGUUUGCGUUUGCACGGCAGUGCUCGAGUAAGGCGGUGGCGGGGAGCUCUCAUGUGUGGCAGGCGAUGGCGGGGGCGGAUAGGGUGCUGCUGGUGCAGAGUAACGAGGAGGAGGAGCUUAGAGUGCAGCACCUCGUCAUCCCGCAAACGUACAUGGGGGUGAACUGGCCGGUGCGCCACGUGGCAGCGAGUGAUGACGGGUCGUACCUGGCAGUGGCGGGGCGGCGGGGCGUCAUCCUGCACAACCUGCGCUCCAACAAGUGGCGCGUGUUUGGAGACGUGAUGCAGGAGCGGGCGGUCAAGUGCGAGGGGCUGCUGUGGGUCGGCAAGAUCAUCAUCGUGUGCAACCACCGGGUGGCGUCCCACUCCUACGAGCUCUGCCUCUAUCCGCGUUUCCACCUGGACGAGUCCUCCCUUCUGUGCCGCCAGCCUCUCCCAGCGCGGCCUCUAGCGCUGGACGCGUGGGGCGACUACAUCCUGGUGGCCACGCCCCCCUUUGACAUCAAAGUCUUUCAUAUGCACGUGGAGGGGGACGUGUCGCCGCUGCACCUACCUACAGUGCAGCUGCGCACGGUGCGAGAGCUCUCCAUCAUGUCAGCGCGCAAGCCCCUCGUCUCCAUGCGCUUUGUGCCGCGCACAGGGGACGCGGACGCGCAGGGGGACGGGGAGGGGCAGGGGGAUGGCGAAGGAAUCCCAGCCCGAGAGGCGGACGGCCAAGGCGCCAGCACCACCAACAGCAGCACCAACAACAGCGAGCAGAGAUUAUCCAAGGAAGGGGUGCAGCAGGGCGCAGCAAGGAGGGGAGCAGCGGUGAAAUCCGGCAAGGCGAGCAGCACUGGAAAGGCGAGCAUGGUGAAUAAAGACCCGUUGGCAGAGGCAAUGAGGAGGCAGCCCACCAAGUGCAUGCUGCUGCGCACCGAUGGGGAUCUCUCUCUGCUGGACCUGGACAGUGGCAGUGAGAGAGCGCUCGUGGCGGGGGUUGAGAACUUCUGGCUCACUCAGGGAGGGGACGAGGCUGCGGCGGCCUUGAUAGAGGAGGUGCCCUGGUGGGCUUAUGGUCACCGCGGCAUGCAGGUGUGGUACCCCUCCUUAUACCACGACGCAUCAGGGCAGCCAGCGGAGGUGCAGCAGUUAGACCCAGAGCUCGACUUCGACCGCGAGGUGUACCCGCUGGGGGUGUCGCCUGCGGCAGGGGUGAUCGUGGGUGUGAGCCAGCGCCUGUCGCUCUCCUCCUGUGCCGAGAUGCCCUGCUUCGAGCCCACGCCCCAGGCCCAACCGAUUCUGCCCUGCCUGCUCCGGCACUUGCUGCAGCGCAACAAGAUGGAGGAGGCGGUGCAGCUAGCGCACCUCUCAGCCACGCGGCCGCACUUCUCCCACUCCCUCGAGUGGCUGCUCUUCACCAUCUUCGACGCCGAGACCUCCAGUGCGAGCGCACGGAGGCGGCGCAAGGAGGUGAAGAAGGGGCCAAGCUUGCUGGACCGUGCGUGUGAGCUGAUCCGGCAUUUUGGGGAGUACCGAGAUGUGGUGGUCAGCGUGGCUCGCAAGACCGACAGCCGCCACUGGCCUGACCUCUUCGCCUCUGCAGGCAACUCAAACACGCUCUUUGAGGAGUGCUUCGAGAACAAGCAAUAUCGCACCGCCACGUGCUACAUCCUGGUGGUGGAGAAGCUAGAAGGCCCAACCAUUGGGCAGCAAAGCGCCCUGCGGCUCUUGCAGGUGGCAUUGCAAGAGUCUAUGUACGAUUUGGCAGGCGAACUGGUGCGGUUCCUGCUGCGGUCGGGGCGCGAGUACAGCCAGGCAGUGGAGGAGGACGAGAGGGCCAGUGAGAGUCUGCUCAAGAGCUUCUUCUCCUUCGGCUUCACCUCCACAGCUCCCAAGGCGAGGGGGGAUGUGUUGCACACGACAGUGAAGCACAUACUGGGGGAGAAGGCUACGGCUCUCAUGAGCAGCAAGGAGCUCCGGCAGCUGGUGGCGUUCGUUAAAGGCACCCAGUUCGACUUCACUGAGUUCUUGCGGUCGGAUCGAGGCAGGUCCAUUCGCCUGGAAGACUUCCCCACUGCCCUGCGCACCAUCCGCUUCAAGAUCGCCCUGGAGGGCAAUCUGCAGAGCCGGCUGGACGCGGAGUUCCUAUUGGCUCACGUGCGCACCGUGGGCUUCCAUGAGUGGACUGUCGUGCUCGCCACGCUGCUGCAGCGAUCCGAGCUGCACGGUGAAGGGCUGUUUGGUGAAGGGCUGUUUGGUGAAGGGCUAUUUGGUGAAGGGCUGUUUGGUGAAGGGCUGUUUGGUGAAGGGCUGUUUGGUGAAGGGCUGUUCGGUGAAGGGCUGUUCGGUGAAGGGCUGUUUGGUGAAGGGCUGUUUGGUGAAGGGCUGUUUGGUGAAGGGCUGUUUGGUGAAGGGCUGUUUGGUGAAGGGCUGUUUGGUGAAGGGCUGUUUGGUGAAGGGCUGUUUGGUGAAGGGCUGUUUGGUGAAGGGCUGUUUGGUGAAGGGCUGUUUGGUGAAGGGCUGUUUGGUGAAGGGCUGUUUGGUGAAGGGCUGUUUGGUGAAGGGCUGUUUGGUGAAGGGCUGUUUGGUGAAGGGCUGUUUGGUGAAGGGCUGUUUGGUGAAGGGCUGUUUGGUGAAGGGCUGUUUGGUGAAGGGCUGUUUGGUGAAGGGCUGUUUGGUGAAGGGCUGUUUGGUGAAGGGCUGUUUGGUGAAGGGCUGUUUGGUGAAGGGCUGUUUGGUGAAGGGCUGUUUGGUGAAGGGCUGUUUGGUGAAGGGCUGUUUGGUGAAGGGCUGUUUGGUGAAGGGCUGUUUGGUGAAGGGCUGUUUGGUGAAGGGCUGUUUGGUGAAGGGCUGUUUGGUGAAGGGCUGUUUGGUGAAGGGCUGUUUGGUGAAGGGCUGUUUGGUGAAGGGCUGUUUGGUGAAGGGCUGUUUGGUGAAGGGCUGUUUGGUGAAGGGCUGUUUGGUGAAGGGCUGUUUGGUGAAGGGCUGUUUGGUGAAGGGCUGUUUGGUGAAGGGCUGUUUGGUGAAGGGCUGUUUGGUGAAGGGCUGUUUGGUGAAGGGCUGUUUGGGCUGUUUGGUGAAGGGCUGUUUGGUGAAGGGCUGUUUGGUGAAGGGCUGUUUGGUGAAGGGCUGUUUGGUGAAGGGCUGUUUGGUGAAGGGCUGUUUGGUGAAGGGCUGUUUGGUGAAGGGCUGGCUGUUGGUGAAGGGCUGUUUGGUGAAGGGCUGUUUGGUGAAGGGCUGUUUGGUGAAGGGCUGUUUGGUGAAGGGCUGUUUGGUGAAGGGCUGUUUGGUGAAGGGCUGUUUGGUGAAGGGCUGUUUGGUGAAGGGCUGUUUGGUGAAGGGCUGUUUGGUGAAGGGCUGUUUGGUGAAGGGCUGUUUGGUGAAGGGCUGUUUGGUGAAGGGCUGUUUGGUGAAGGGCUGUUUGGUGAAGGGCUGUUUGGUGAAGGGCUGUUUGGUGAAGGGCUGUUUGGUGAAGGGCUGUUUGGUGAAGGGCUGUUUGGUGAAGGGCUGUUUGGUGAAGGGCUGUUUGGUGAAGGGCUGUUUGGUGAAGGGCUGUUUGGUGAAGGGCUGUUUGGUGAAGGGCUGUUUGGUGAAGGGCUGUUUGGUGAAGGGCUGUUUGGUGAAGGGCUGUUUGGUGAAGGGCUGUUUGGUGAAGGGCUGUUUGGUGAAGGGCUGUUUGGUGAAGGGCUGUUUGGUGAAGGGCUGUUUGGUGAAGGGCUGUUUGGUGAAGGGCUGUUUGGUGAAGGGCUGUUUGGUGAAGGGCUGUUUGGUGAAGGGCUGUUUGGUGAAGGGCUGUUUGGUGAAGGGCUGUUUGGUGAAGGGCUGUUUGGUGAAGGGCUGUUUGGUGAAGGGCUGUUUGGUGAAGGGCUGUUUGGUGAAGGGCUGUUUGGUGAAGGGCUGUUUGGUGAAGGGCUGUUUGGUGAAGGGCUGUUUGGUGAAGGGCUGUUUGGUGAAGGGCUGUUUGGUGAAGGGCUGUUUGGUGAAGGGCUGUUUGGUGAAGGGCUGUUUGGUGAAGGGCUGUUUGGUGAAGGGCUGUUUGGUGAAGGGCUGUUUGGUGAAGGGCUGUUUGGUGAAGGGCUGUUUGGUGAAGGGCUGUUUGGUGAAGGGCUGUUUGGUGAAGGGCUGUUUGGUGAAGGGCUGUUUGGUGAAGGGCUGUUUGGUGAAGGGCUGUUUGGUGAAGGGCUGUUUGGUGAAGGGCUGUUUGGUGAAGGGCUGUUUGGUGAAGGGCUGUUUGGUGAAGGGCUGUUUGGUGAAGGGCUGUUUGGUGAAGGGCUGUUUGGUGAAGGGCUGUUUGGUGAAGGGCUGUUUGGUGAAGGGCUGUUUGGUGAAGGGCUGUUUGGUGAAGGGCUGUUUGGUGAAGGGCUGUUUGGUGAAGGGCUGUUUGGUGAAGGGCUGUUUGGUGAAGGGCUGUUUGGUGAAGGGCUGUUUGGUGAAGGGCUGUUUGGUGAAGGGCUGUUUGGUGAAGGGCUGUUUGGUGAAGGGCUGUUUGGUGAAGGGCUGUUUGGUGAAGGGCUGUUUGGUGAAGGGCUGUUUGGUGAAGGGCUGUUUGGUGAAGGGCUGUUUGGUGAAGGGCUGUUUGGUGAAGGGCUGUUUGGUGAAGGGCUGUUUGGUGAAGGGCUGUUUGGUGAAGGGCUGUUUGGUGAAGGGCUGUUUGGUGAAGGGCUGUUUGGUGAAGGGCUGUUUGGUGAAGGGCUGUUUGGUGAAGGGCUGUUUGGUGAAGGGCUGUUUGGUGAAGGGCUGUUUGGUGAAGGGCUGUUUGGUGAAGGGCUGUUUGGUGAAGGGCUGUUUGGUGAAGGGCUGUUUGGUGAAGGGCUGUUUGGUGAAGGGCUGUUUGGUGAAGGGCUGUUUGGUGAAGGGCUGUUUGGUGAAGGGCUGUUUGGUGAAGGGCUGUUUGGUGAAGGGCUGUUUGGUGAAGGGCUGUUUGGUGAAGGGCUGUUUGGUGAAGGGCUGUUUGGUGAAGGGUUGUUUGGUGAAGGGCUGUUUGGUGAAGGGCUGUUUGUGAAGGGCUGGCUGUUUGGUGAAGGGCUGUUUGGUGAAGGGCUGUUUGGUGAAGGGCUGUUUGGUGAAGGGCUGUUUGGUGAAGGGCUGUUUGGUGAAGGGCUGUUUGGUGAAGGGCUGUUUGGUGAAGGGCUGUUUGGUGAAGGGCUGUUUGGUGAAGGGCUGUUUGGUGAAGGGCUGUUUGUGAAGGGCUGA